AAAAACACGGGCUAGAAAACUGCCAUCGAGCCAACGCAGACAAACACUCUUACAGUGACCUAAACAAAGAAAGGACAGACGACAUCCAUCGAAUCGAUCGAUAGCAUCGCAUCGGAAGUUCCUGCUCUUGAUUUUUUCAAUCCACUAUAUUUACUACAAUCUGUGAUCACCAGCUCUAGUUUUCGUGUUUAAAAUGUACCGAUUUUACUCUUGUUUAGUGCUAUUAAGUAGUUUGUGUCUCACAAGUGCCUAUAGACCAGUAGUUAUUGUCCAUGGAAUCCUCACCGGAGCGGACAGUAUGCUACUCAUAGUGGACGAAAUACAAAGACAUCACCCGGGAACAGUGGUGUACAACGCAGAUCGAUUCGAGGGAUGGUCCAGUUUGGAGAACGCUUGGCAUCAGGUGUUCGAGUUCAAUGGAGAUCUUCAGAAAAUUUGCGAAAAACAUCCCGACGGAGUGAUACUGCUCGGUUACUCGCAGGGAGGACUGCUGGCUAGGGCGGUUCUGCAAACAUAUCCAGAUCAUUGCGUGAAGAAAUUCAUAUCGCUAAGCUCACCGCAGGCCGGACAAUACGGAACCGAUUUUCUGCAUCUCAUCUUCCCGUCCCUAGUGGCGAAAACAGCUUAUCAGCUGUUCUACACCUAUGUCGGUCAACAUACAUCCGUAGGCAACUACUGGAACGAUCCCCACCAUCAGGACCUGUUCGAGCAGUUCAGCAUUUUCCUGCCCUAUAUUAACAAUGAUCUUCCGUCGACGAACUCGACCUUGUUCAGAGACUCAAUGCUCAGACUGGAGCAGUUGAUUCUGAUUGGAGGUCCCGACGAUGGGGUUAUCACUCCAUGGGAAUCCAGCCACUUUGGGUACUACAAUGGAACCGAUGAUGUGAUUCCUUGCAAACAGCGAAAAAUCUACCUCGAGGAUCGGAUUGGCUUGAGAACGUUGGACCGCGAUGGACGAUUGAAGUUGAUUACUGUACCCGGAGUGAGACACUACGAGUGGCAUCUGAACACCGACGUGGUUGAUAGUGUAGUUUUGCCACUUUUGGAUUAGACUGUUUGCACGAGCGAAUAUGUGAUAGAGCUCUGUGGUGCUGGUUAUGCCGGUGUUAUGUGACAAUUUAGUUGGAUAGGUUAUCAAAUUGGAUAAAUGCAAGCAUAUAAGAGAGAAAGACAUGCAUAAAAGAUUCUUCAACAAUAAUUUAAAAGUAAAUCAUACCAAAUACAUUUUUUACGAUAAA